GCCGCCCUCUCCUCCGGAUCCAUCUCCGGCCCAUCUUGCUCCAGAUCCGGCCCGUUCCGCCUCCGGUGCCCCGAUCCGGCCCGAAAGCUCUACGGUACGCUCACCGCAGCCCUUGGUAACCUCACCGCCCUCCAGAUCCUCUCGCUUCCUUUUCAUAACUUCACUGGCGAGAUCCCCGCCGAGAUCUGGGAGCUGGAGAAUCUCGAAGUCGUCGAUCUUGAAGGUAACUCGCUAACUGGAACCCUAGCUUCUUCGAGGUUGAAUGGACGAUUGAGAGUACUUAAUCUGGCUUCUAACUUGUUUACUGGUGAGAUUCCGGUAUCUUUGUCUAGAUGUGUUGGGUUGGAAACCCUAGAUCUUUCUGGUAACAGGUUGAAUGGAACUAUUCCGGAGUUUGUUGGGGGUUUUGUGAAGCUGAGGGAGUUGCAUUUGUCGUUUAAUCGGAUUGGGGGUGGAAUUCCUGAGGAGAUUGGAGACUGCCGGAGUUUGGAGGUGCUGGAUUUGUCGGGGAACCUUUUGGUUGGUGGAAUUCCGAGGAGUGUUGGGAACUGUAGUGAGAUGAAGUAUUUGAUGCUGUUUUCCAAUCUUUUGGAUGAUGUUGUUCCUUCUGAGCUUGGGAGAUUGAGAAAGCUGCGAGUUUUGGAUGUUUCGAGGAACAGUUUGAGUGGUAGGUUGCCUGUGGAGCUUGGAGAUUGUGUUGAGCUGUCGGUUCUUGUGCUUUCGAACCAUUAUGAUCCAAUGCCGAGUGACGAUCCUUUGGAUUAUGUUGAAAAUGAUGAGUUCAAUUAUUUUCAGGGUGGGAUUUCUGAAAGGAUUACAUCUUUACCGAAGCUUAGAAUACUUUGGGCGCCAAGAACGACAUUUGAAGGGGAGUUUCCGAAGGAUUGGGGUGCAUGCAUGAGCUUGGAAAUGGUUAAUCUGGGUGAGAAUCUUUUUACUGGAGAAAUUCCGGCAGGUUUUGGCGGAUGCAAGAAUCUGAAGCUUCUUAACGUGAGCUCGAACAAUUUGACAGGUUGGCUAAGGGAGGAUCUCCCAGUGCCAUGCAUGGCUGUAUUCGACGUGAGCAGGAAUAAGUUAUCGGGCACGAUUCCAAGGUUUAAUUACGAACAAUGCCCUCUGCCUUCCUUCGCACCCGAUAGCUUGCCUGCAAUGUAUUCUUCGUUCUUCGAGCAUAGAACUCAUAAAGGCAUUGUCUUUCCUUCUUCUAAAUACACAGGUAAUGCUGAAGUUUAUCAUAAUUUUGGAAGGAAUAAUUUUUCUGGCAGUUUGCCUUCUUUCCCUUCUGGUGGGUUUGGCAAGGAAACUACGUAUGCAUUUCUGGCAGAUGGGAAUUCUCUUGUUGGAUCAUUAAAUGAUAUCCUAUUUGGAAGGUGCAGUACCUUCAAUGGUUUGAUCCUUAAUUUGAGCAAUAAUCUGAUAUCUGGUGCAGUUCCAGCAGAUAUAGGUGCUAUGUGCACUUCUCUUGUAGUUUUGGAUGUUGCUGGUAAUAGAAUUACGGGAAUGCUUCCUCAAAGUAUUGGGUCUCUGCGCAAUCUUGUUGGUCUGGACUUGAGCAUGAACCGACUUCAGGGUCAGAUACCUACAGAUGUUGGUAAAUUGGAGCGUUUGAAUUAUCUCAGUUUAGCAAGUAACAAUCUCACUGGGCAGAUUCCUUCCGAAUUUAAUAGGUUGCUUUCUCUUUGGUUGUUAGACCUUUCGUCAAAUUCUCUCACAGGGGAGAUUCCUAGUAAUCUUGUGGCCUUGAAAAAUCUCACGAUUCUUCUUUUGAACAACAACAAGCUUUCAGGAAAGAUUCCUUCCAGUUUUGCUAAUGUGACAUCACUCUCCACAUUUAAUGUGUCAUAUAAUAACCUAUCAGGGCCUUUGCCAUCGAAUGCCAAUACUUUUAGAUGUGAUAGUGUUGCUGGCAACCCUCUGCUCCAGUCUUGCCAUGUGUCUUCUCUUUCUAUUCCACCAUCAUAUGCGCGGGGGCGAAAUGGAGAUUCACAAAUAUAUGCAGAUCCGCCACCAGAAGUUUCCGUUCCUAGGAGUAGCAGCAGUGGGUUCAGUGCUAUCGAGAUUGCCUCUGUCACUUCAGCAUCAGUUAUUGUCGCAGUCCUUCUUGUCCUAAUUAUCCUUUAUAUAUACACAAGAAAAUGUGCUCCUGGGUCCUCAGCCAACUCUCUUGGAAGGCGGGAAGUCACCAUUUUUGUGGACAUUGGAGUUCCAUUGACGUAUGAAAAUGUUGUGCGAGCUACAGGGAGUUUUAAUGCAAGCAACUGCAUUGGAAGUGGAGGGUUUGGAGCCACCUAUAAAGCAGAAAUUUCACCAGGAGUUCUUGUGGCUAUAAAGAGACUCUCAAUAGGAAGGAUCCAAGGGGUUCAACAGUUUCAUGCAGAAAUUAAGACUCUCGGGAGAUGGAGGCAUUCCAAUCUUGUGACUUUGAUAGGUUAUCACAUCGGGGAUGUAGAGAUGUUUCUCAUUUAUAAUUAUCUUCCAGGAGGCAACUUGGAAAAGUUUAUACGGGAAAGAUCCAAAAGAGCUGUCGACUGGAGGAUGCUGCACAAGAUUGCUUUGGAUGUUGCCAAAGCACUUUCUUAUCUCCAUGACCAAUGUGUACCACGUAUCCUUCAUCGCGAUGUGAAACCAAGCAAUAUCUUGUUGGAUAAUGAUUUUAAUGCCUAUCUGUCAGAUUUUGGAUUGGCGAGACUUUUGGGUAAUUCUGAAACUCAUGCAACUACUGGUGUCGCUGGGACCUUUGGAUAUGUAGCUCCUGAAUAUGCGAUGACUUGUCGUGUUUCUGACAAAGCCGAUGUCUAUAGCUAUGGUGUGGUCCUUUUGGAAUUGAUUUCGGACAAGAAAGCCUUGGACCCUUCCUUCUCUCCAUAUGGUAAUGGCUUUAAUAUUGUUGCUUGGGCAUGCAUGUUGCUUGAGAAAGGCAGGACACGUGAGUUCUUUACUGAAGGACUUUGGGACGUGGCACCGCAUGAUGAUCUGGUAGAGACCUUGCAUUUGGCCGUCAGGUGUACUGAUGAUUCUCUUACCAUCAGGCCAACAAUGAAUCAAGUUGUGCGACGACUCAAGGAGCUUCAACCGCCAUCUUGUUAACAUUAAAACACCUCCUUUAUAAAUGCUUGACCUUUAGAAAGAUUCAGAUUUUAGAGACAAAUCCUGCGUGAUAUGAGAGGUGGUGUAUGUAUAUAUUUGUGAUACAUCCGAGAUGCAUUGGAAUGGGCUCUCUUCAAGUGUACAAUUGAUGUGGAGUAAGAAUAAGUCCAAGUAAUCCUAAGAGCAAUUGCACAGUUACAUAAAGAAAUGGAUAAGAAAAUGGGGAGGAAGUCUCACUGACGUUAUACUUCAAUUUGUAGUUAGCAGCAUAAUUAACUAAAAAUGAUGCGUUCUGCAUCACAUUCAAGGGGAAAAUGUUCUGUAUAAAUAAUGAGAGAUGUAUAUCUGGCGUUUGGACUCCCUUUCUCUGCUUGGGUCUCUGAUUGCUAUUGCGACUUGCAUGAGGAAUGAUAAAGGCCGUUGAAUUAACUUCCAUUCUCAUUUUCAAGUUUGUACCUGUAAGUUGUUUUGGAGAAAUUUUGUGGUAAGUUAAUUCUGAGAGUAAUUCUGAUCCUAGUAAUUGGCUUAGAGGCGUUUCUGCUGCUUGUAAGUGACAUAACACCACGGAGAGCUAUACUCUUUCGUCGUGUAUGUCAAGCUGUCUGAUGUGUGAUCUUAGGUGUUUAAGAUACUUGAUAUGCCCCUAUGAAAUAAUGAUGGGAUGAUUAUUUGAUGAUUA